AUGACAGCACAAUCAUCAAUACCUCUCAAAUGGCCUUCUUUGAUAGAAUUUCUACCAGUUGUCUUGGUUGGAAUCAUCAUAGAGUGGUGUUGGGCAGAUAGGAGUGGAUUUGCUCUGGCCCAAACUCCAGAAAUCAAUCAGUAUUUAGGAUUUAGGAUCAUCACUGAACAAAUUAAUGCUUCUUCUACAAUAGUUUCGAAUAUUUCAUCAUCAUCAAAUGAUUCGCUAAUAUGUCAUCCAAUAUUAUUGAGUCAAGGUUUUAAGAGUAACUUGGGGCUGUGUGAUGAUUAUUUUUCUUCCUAUAUUGUAAUGGGAACUAUUCUUUCAUGUUAUUCUAUUCUUUUGCUGAUAACAUUGAGUGGUCUGUUCUACAAAUUGAGGAAAUUAAAACAGGCUGAACAGUUCAAUCAUUUAAAGGUGAACUUUAUCAGUGCUAGAAAUCCUGUCCUUAUGAUUUGGGGUGCAGUAGUUGGCUGGUUGUAUACCUUAAUCAUGUCAUCGAGGGUAUUGAUAGGUCGUAAGAUAUUCCCCUGUUUUUUAUUUUCUCUAAUCUACUACUUGUCUGUACCUGGAUUGGCCAGCACUAUUAUCAUUAGAUGUGUUAGACUUAUAGCCCUAACAAAGUUGCACGAAUUGAAAGUUAGGAUUGGAAAACGUGAAAUGCUCCAAGAGAAGGAAGAAGGAAAAAUAAGUACAAUUCAAAUAACGAAUAAUAAGGAAGUGAAACAAUUUGAAAAUGAAAGUAAUAUCCAAAUUGUCAUUAAAAUGGCAGAAUCCUUUGAUAAUAUUAUGCCACCUCCUCCAAUCUAUAACAAACCUCUCUCCACUGACCUCUCCAAUACGACAACCACUGUGACAACAAUGACAACAAAUAGCCAAGAGGAGACAGACACCCACUCAACUAGAGAGCACAAUUCAUUUCAUAAUGAAGUUUGCGAAAUGAAUAAUCAUCAAAGAAGUAAUUCUGUCAUAUCCAAUGAAGGCUUACAACCAUCAUCUGUGAGUACCCCAAGCACUGUAAAUACUUUGGUUUCCUGUGGAAUGAGUGUUUCUCCAUCGAGAACCUAUUCUUCAGCAAAUGGUGUUCUACAUCUAAUACAAUCAAAUGAUGAAGAACCAUGUCAACAACAUUCUAUCAUUGUGGAUAUUACCAAAUUGCACGAAUUGGAUCUAAGUACUCGACAAAAUGAACCCAAACAAGCAGAUAAAUUCUAUGGUAAUGAAUUCAGAUUAUCUAAUGUAAAUUUUGAAAAUGGAAAAUUGUUGAGAUUGUUAAGAUUUCUAACAGGAUCCAAAUUCAUCUUGAUAUUUUACAUUCUCAUAUUGGGAACUCACACAUUGGUCUAUUUGAUUGUGGGAAUUGUUGAUUAUUUCAAUUACAAAAGUCCAGAUCCAAAACUCAACAGCAUCAAUAAGAAGAAUGCCUUUGUGGUGGAUACAUACCUAUUCUCCCCAAAUGGUUGUGGAACUGGAAGUUACAAUACUAAUUACUUCCUUGGAAUGUUAUCAGUGUAUGCUUCAUUUUCAGUCUUGUUGGCCAUAGUUGCCAUUGUAGUGAUGAAGAAGGAUGUUUGGCAAGUGAAGAGAGAAGUUGUACUAGUUGCCAUUAAUUGGAUUCUAUGUAUUGCAAUUUUUGGUAUUCCAAAUAUGUUCAGUAGUAUUACCACAUUGUAA